GCAAGGGGCCACGUGGAGGUCGCGCGCUUGCUGCUGGGAGCAGGUGCUGACACCGAUUUGACGGACCGGACGGGGGCUACAGCUUUGAUUAUGGCAUCCAUUCGUGGCCACGUCGAGAUAGUCAGCUUGCUCUUGCAAGCCGGCGCGGAGAAAGAUCUCAGGGACGAGUCAGGCUUUUCGGCUCUUAGCUGGGCAUGUGACUCCUGGGACGACGGAGGUGGGGCGAUCCUGCGUAUUGCGAGAGUGCUCCUGGAACAUGGGGCCGCCAAGGACGUCGUGGACAAAACUGGGAGGACAGCUCUGAUGCUUGCAUCCUCCAGAGGUCACAGGGAGCUGGUUCGCCUCCUACUGGAGGCUGCGGCCAGCUUUGAUGUAGAAGACAUGAAGGGGCACACGGCCCUGCAUCAUGCAGCCAAGAAGGGGCAUGUGGAGGUGGUGCGAUUGCUGCUGGCCGCAGGUGCCGACCGAAAUGCAUCGGAGAAGUGUGAGAGCACAGCUCUCAUCGAGGCAUCCACCGGAGGUCACCUGACGACAGUCCGAGUAUUACUUUCAGAGACUGGUAAGGCUACAGACUUCGCAGGCCAAAGGGGUAGAACUGCUCUCCUCUGGGCAUCCAUCCACGGCCAUGCGGAGGUGGUGCGAUUUCUGCUGGAGGCCGGGUCAGAUCAGGAGCUGACGUACGACGACGAAGACACGGCGCUGAUUCAAGCAUCUGCCAAUGGAAGCUUGAAAUUGCACGGCUACUCUCGGAAGCCGGCGCGCUGCGGACCAUCCCUGCAGUUGCACAUUGACGUGAGAAGACCUCAGGCAAAUGCUCCGUUUCACAUUGCUUGA